UCUCUCCCUCUGCUGAGGGCUGUACAGCUGGCAAUUUACACACAGACGGGAUGAACGUCAAUUGGCUAGGAGGUCCAAGCCCCGCAAACCGAACGCUUCUAUAAGGUGCAUAAAUCAAGACGAAACCAUUUUUCUCUCAAUUUUUAUUUUGUCAAGGUUGGAAAACAUUAGAGAAAAUAACAUUUAGCAUAGAAGAGUCUAUCCCUGGAACCAUCUAAAACCGUUAUAAACUUUCGAGGCUGGACACGUUGUAACCGGUCGGAAAGAUGAAGACCUCAAGAUGGUGGCAGCAAUGUUCAGUCAUCAGCUUCCUGUUAGCUGUGUGGCUUCCUGCCUGGAUCAUGGCCCAGACAACACCCCCUACCCAGGGCACCACCUCCCCCAAACCCCAGAACGACCGGCUGCAGUUCCGUCUGGUGGGGUACCCCCGGAAGCACAACGAGGGGCGCAUCGAGGUCUUCUACAAGGGAGAGUGGGGGACCAUCUGUGAUGACGACUUCUCUCUGUCCAACGCCAACGUCCUCUGUCGGCAGCUGGGCUUCGUCUCCGCUACGGGGUGGACACAUAGUGCCAAGUACGGCAAGGGACUAGGGAAGAUCUGGCUGGAUAAUGUGCAGUGUAACGGAGGGGAGAAGAGCAUUGAGCUGUGUAAAUCUCGGGGUUGGGGCAACAGUGACUGCACACACGAUGAGGACGCUGGAGUCGUCUGCAAGGACGAGAGGCUUCCUGGUUUUGUCGACUCCAACAUCAUCGAUGUGCAGGUGGAUGAGAACAAGGUGGAGAAGGUGCGUCUGCGUCCGGUGGUGUCCACCAAGAAGAUGCCCGUCACCGAGGGAGUUGUGGAGAUUAAGUACAAGAACGGCUGGGCCCAGAUCUGUGAUGUGGGGUGGACCCCCAAAAACACACGGGUCAUCUGUGGUAUGCUGGGGUUCCCUCACGAGAAAAAGAUCAACAAGAACUUCUACAAAACCCGUCUGAGAAAGAGAGCAGCAGAGAGCCAAGCCAAGGUUCAUGUUUCUACUGGGGCCAGGCUGCCACCCAAAGCUAAAGCUAGGGCUAAACCAUUCACCUCUGGGUUAAACAAAAGACUGAACACAGAGCGUCAGAAGAACCAGUACCGCUUCCACUCUGUGGCCUGUGUUGGCACUGAGGUCCACCUGGCAGCCUGCCCCCUGGAGUUCAACAAGGGUAAUGCCACAGGUUCCUGUAAGGGCGGCAUGCCAGCCGUGGUCAGCUGUGUACCGGGACCACAGUACGUACACAACAACGGACUGAAGAAGAACCUGAAAACCACGAGCACGGUGAGGCUGAAGGGUGGUGCCAAGCUGGGUGAGGGCAGAGUGGAGGUACUGAGGAACAAUGAGUGGGGCACGGUGUGUGACGAUCGUUGGACCCUGCUGUCGGCCAGCGUGGUGUGCAGGGAGCUGGGCUUCGGAUCUGCCAAGGAGGCCCUGACUGGAGCUCGCAUGGGACAAGGGAUGGGUCCUAUCCACAUGAAUGAGGUCCAGUGUCUGGGGACGGAGAAGUCGAUGUGGAACUGUGGCUUUAAGAACAUAACGUCAGAGGACUGCCAGCAUGUAGAAGACGCCGCUGUGAGGUGCAACACGCCAUACAUGGACCUGGAGAAAUCGAUCCGCCUGACAGGGGGGCGUACCCGCUAUGAGGGGCGGGUGGAGGUGUUGAGCACGAAGGCUAACGGAACCAAGAGCUGGGGGCUGAUAUGUGGAGGGACCUGGGGCACCAAGGAGGCCAUGGUGGCCUGCAGACAGCUGGGGCUAGGCUACGCUAACCACGGCCUGCAAGAAACAUGGUACUGGGACAGUAGUAACGUGACAGAGAUGGUGAUGAGUGGAGUGAAGUGUACAGGAAACGAGAUGUCUCUGAGCCACUGCCAGCAUCACAGGACUGUCAGCUGUCAGAAGACUGCUGCCAAGUUCUCUGCUGGGGUCAUCUGCUCAGAGACGGCGUCUGACCUGGUCCUGAAUGCUCCCCUGGUCCAGCAGUCGGUGUACAUUGAGGACCGCCCGCUCCACAUGUUGUACUGCGCAGCGGAGGAGAACUGUCUGUCUCAGUCUGCCGCUAGCGCUAACUGGCCCUACGGACACCGCCGCCUGCUGCGGUUCUCCUCUCAGAUCCACAACAUCGGACGGGCCGACUUCAGGCCCAAGGCUGGACGCCACUCCUGGGUCUGGCACGCCUGUCACGGCCACUACCACAGUAUGGAUAUCUUCACCCACUAUGACCUGCUGUCGUCCAACGGGACCAAGGUUGCUGAGGGACACAAGGCCUCCUUCUGUCUGGAGGACACGGAGUGUCACGAAGGUAUCUCUAAGCGGUAUGAGUGUGCUAACUUCGGAGAACAGGGCAUCACCGUGGGGUGUUGGGACCUGUAUCGCCAUGACAUCGACUGCCAGUGGAUCGACAUCACCGACAUCAAACCAGGAAACUACAUCCUACAGAUUGUGAUCAAUCCAAACUUUGAAGUGGCGGAGAGUGACUUCACCAACAACGCCAUGAAAUGCAACUGCAAAUACGACGGUCACCGGAUCUGGCUUCACAACUGUCAUAUGGGUGAUGCCUUCAGUGAGGAGGCAGAGAGGAGGUUUGAGAAAUACCCAGGGCAGUUCAACAAUCAGAUCUCAUAAUCCUCCUAGCAACGCACCAAUCUGUUCCAGACCCCUGUACAAACCAAAAAGGAGGGCUGAUGCCUUUCAUCGUGUUCAACAAUGGGACUACCAAUCACCCUUCAUCACCUAGCUACCUAUCAGAACCAACCAUUCAUCAUCACAAAGCAACCAACCAAUCACAAGCCUAAAUUCCACAAGGCAGCAGUCUGAUCUGAAGGAUCCAUGCCAAAGUCAUGUUGUAUUGUGAAUGUGUUGGUGUGUGUCUGAGUUAGUAUUAUUAUUAUAAUAUACUGGAAUACUCAGUGCUUUGUUUUCAAAAACAAACUUACUUUAGAUAUUUUGUUCAAAUGUGAGUAUAUUAUGUUACAUUACGUGGCAGAAGUACAAUUCAUAAGUUUUCAUACAACUAGUCUUAGUGUGUGAUUUAUUGAUAUGCAACCUUUUCAUGAAUGUUUUGUUUAUUAAGUUAUGAAUGAAGUUUUAUUUUUAUAGCCAGUCUAGUUUUGAAAGGUGCUCCAGGAGUAGACCUCCAUUCUAACAGCAUGAGGCAUCAGUCAGAGAACCAUUCUACUGCCUCUCCUCAUAGACUUAGAUAGACAGCUCUAGUGCCUCUCCUCAUAGACUUAGAUAGACAGCUCUACUGCCUCUCCUCAUAGACUUAGAUAGACAGCUCUAGUGCCUCUCCUCAUAGACUUAGAUAGACAGCUCUACUGCCUCUCCUCAUAGACUUAGAUAGACAGCUCUACUGCCUCUCCUCAUAGACUUAGACAGCUCUAGUGCCUCUCCUCAUAGACUUAGAUAGACAGUUCUACUGCCUCUCCUCAUAGACUUAGAUAGACAGCUCUAGUGCCUCUCCUCAUAGACUUAGAUAGACAGCUCUAGUGCCUCUCCUCAUAGACUUAGAUAGACAGCUCUAGUGCCUCUCCUCAUAGACUUAGAUAGACAGCUCUACUGCCUCUCCUCAUAGACUUAGAUAGACAGCUCUAGUGCCCUAAAGCCUACUUGAGCACAGCAGCGCCAUUGAGGACUUUCACCAUACUGAAGUAGUCAACCCGGGUGGGACUUCCUAUUGGUUUAGGAAGGAUCACAUGAUUCUGCCCGGGGCAUCAAGAGGGAUCAGCCAAUGAAUUAUACUCCUGAGUAAACAUUCUGUAACUCCAGGGGGCAGUAAAUCACCAACCUUGUCUUUAUACCUGUUCAGACAACACCCUCCAGGGGGCAGUAAAUCACCAACCUUGUCUUUAUACCUGUUCAGACAACACCCUCCAGGGGGCAGUAAAUCACCAACCUUGUCUUUAUACCUGUUCAGACAACACCCUCCAGGGGGCAGUAAAUCACCAACCUUGUCUUUACACCUGUUCAGACAACACCCUCCAGGGGACAGUAUGCACGUUUGUUAACCGACUCAUAGACGUAAUAGAGAAUGUCCUCAAUGGUGCCGCCCAUGCUGUCACAAAAGCUAUUAUGGCUCAGAUGUAAAGACACCUCCUUUGUCAACCUCUAUGAUCUCCAUGCAGUUCUACUAUAGAUCAUAGUGAGGAUCUAAUUCUUAAGCGUUAAACCAUCCAUCCCUAGUCAAGUGUUAAACCAUCCACCCCUAGUCAAGUGUUAAACCAUCCACCCCUAGUCAAGUGUUAAACCAUCCACCCCUAGUCAAGUGUUAAACCAUCCACCCCUAGUCAAGUGUUAAACCAUCCACCCCUAGUCAAGUGUUAAACCAUCCACCCCUAGUCAAGUGUUAAACCAUCCACCCCUAGUCAAGUGUUAACCAUCCACCCCUAGUCAAGUGUUAAACCAUCCACCCCUAGUCAAGUGUUAAACCAUCCAUCCCUAGUCAAGUGUUAAACCAUCCACCCCUAGUCAAGUGUUAAACCAUCCACCCCUAGUCAAGUGUUAAACCAUCCAUCCCUAGUCAAGUGUUAAACCAUCCACCCCUAGUCAAGUGUUAAACCAUCCACCCCUAGUCAAGUGUUAAACCAUCCACCCCUAGUCAAGUGUUAAACCAUCCAUCCCUAGUCAAGUGUUAAACUAUCCAUCCCUAGUCAAGUGUUAAACCAUCCACCCCUAGUCAGUUUGUCAUUGUGCAUGAUUGUACCAUCAGGUGUUUUAACACGGUGCUCACCUAGUGGUCUCUUAUGAUUUCAGCUUGUUUUGGAUCUCCUUUGAGGAUAUAGUUUGGAUUUGCUUUUACGCAAAGGGGACGAUUCCGACUUAGGAAUUUACACCUUCCCACGCACGCCUUUCCUACGCACUUCUCAGUAUUUGUUAUUCAGACUUCGCUUAUUCAGUCGCGUAAUGCAGGUGUGGCUACCUUGCGCUCUGAAUAAACGCCAUUCAACCGAUGAAAACCCUCCCACUUCCUGCCCAACACAUUUUCUCGUGGAGUUUUUAUUCAAUAGUGUUUUCAGUACAUUUAUCUGUUAAGCCAUCCCUUUACAUACGCUGUACCUUUUAAUUUUGUUGACAGACUAGGAUGCUAUUCUCAUGCUAUAGUUCAAGGUCAGAAUACACAGACAGGGUGCUAUUCUCAUGCUAUAGUUCAAGGUCAGAAUACACAGACAGGGUGCUAUUCUCAUGCUAUAGUUCAAGGUCAGAAUACACAGACAGGGUGCUAUUCUCAUGCUAUAGUUCAAGGUCAGAAUACACAGACAGGGUGCUAUUCUCAUGCUAUAGUUCAAGGUCAGAAUACACAGACAGGGUGCUAUUCUCAUGCUAUAGUUCAAGGUCAGAAUACACAGACAGGGUGCUAUUCUCAUGCUAUAGUUCAAGGUCAGAAUACACAGACAGGGUGCUAUUCUCAUGCUAUAGUUCAAGGUCAGAAUACACAGACAGCGUGCAUGAAAAGCGGAUAACGUUCAAUUUACGAGCCCUUCCCUCGGGUCGGAGUCGGCCUGAUACAGACCAGAAAGUGAAUAAUAUUUGUGAAUGUGUUUAUUGUCCAGUGUUUCCAGGUGCUAAAGGAUUAUUCUGCCAGACUGAGAUAAGGGAUAUUCAUUAGGCUAUUAUACAUUAAACAACAGACUGACUGACUGUGUUGUGUGUCUGUAUACCUUUGGAUACAUUACCUUUGAAACACAGGAACCUUAUACAUUACCUUUAAAACUACACAGGAAUGUAAUACAUUACCUUUAAACCAACACAGGAAUCUAAUACAUUACCUUUCAACCAACACAGGAAUCUAAUACAUUACCAAGAUGCUAACCUACUACCUGCAUUACCAAAUAAACCAAUCAGUCAAGAACAGUAAAA